GCUCCAAGAGUUUGUAAACACAGCGAAAGGAGAGAUGGAGUCGUCAGGAGGUCUUACCUAAAAAUAUUAGACAGCUGUUUGUGAGGCUACUUUAUGCACAAUUCACGUGUCAGAUACAUUCUAGAAGUGUUGUACUGCGUUGCUUACAGUGGCAACCCACUGGCAUUGCCGGAAAACUUAGUUUAUUUGAUAAAUGAGAAUUAGCUGUGUUGCUAAUGCAACAGUAGGGUUUUUUUUUUUUAGUUGGUUUUCAAGUAACGUUAGCUUAGCAAAAAACGUCGAGUUUGUUUUGUCCCAACGAUAGUCAGCAAGCAAUAUAUUUAGAGAUCAAAUUGGCCAGGGCUUGCGUGGAUUUCAUUUCACUCCCCCUCUCCUGCCCGCCCGGCUCUUAUUUUCGUGAGGUUUGGUGGAACACGUCCUUCGUUGCGUCUGGUCCAAUCUCAAUGGGGAAUUGUCUGUCGUCGCAGAGUGCCGAUGACCUGUCCCUUCUAAACGAGUCCGAGGGCGCCAGCCUACCAGGAGAACCGCCGCCUCCUUACCAGGAGCGUGCCCAGCAUGUGCCCGUGUUCCACCCUACGCCCAGCCAGCCCCGCCUGGCGUCCCAGCUGACGGAGGAGGAGCAGGUGAGGAUCGCCCAGCGCAUCGGCCUCAUUCAGCACCUGCCCCGCGGAACCUACCGGCCCUCACAGACACACCCCGAGAAAAGGGUCAAAGAGUGUGUGAUCUGCAUGAUGGACUUUGAGACGGGCGAGUCGGUGCGCUUCCUGCCGUGUCUGCACACGUACCACGUGGACUGCAUCGACGCCUGGCUCAUGCGCUCCUUCACCUGCCCCUCCUGCCUGGAGCCCGUGGACGCCGCCUUGCUCUGCUCCUACCAGACCAACUGACCUUUCAACCCCGACCUUUCACCUCUCACUCAUCACCUCUUGUCUCCUGAUCCUGACGUCUGGAACCCUUCGAUGCAACACCGCUCUGCUCCUACCAGACCAUCUGACCUUUCAACCCCGACCUUUCACCUCUCACCCAUCACCUCUUAUCUCCUGAUCCUGACGUCUGGAACCCUUCGAUGCAACACCGCUCUGCUCCUACCAGACCAUCUGACCUUUACACCCUGACCCUCCUGUCUCCUCCUGCCUAGACAUCUCAAAUUUGACCUUUCAACCUGAUGUGAUGACCCUAACCCCAGGCGCCCACGGAUGCUCACUGCUCUGCUCGAGACUAAAUGAGGAGUAGCUGAUCCUUAACCUUCCGUAACCUUCCAAAACCGGUCGGUGCUUGUUUGACUGUGUUCAAUUGCUCAUGUAAGGGAUGUUUGUAGUAGUCCCCGCCAACCCCACACACACACACACACAGACACACACACACACACACACACACAGACACACACGCACA